AUCCUGAAGCUGAAGUAGGUAGUCUUCAAUGAUCUUGUCUUUAACUAAAUCGGUGUGCCAUACACUGUCUGAAGAGAACGAGUAUUUUGCCCUUACAUAUGUACCUUUGUGUCUGUAGGUAUAUGUACGUACCUCUGCAUAUGUGUGCAUACAUUUAUACAUACUUACAUGUCCACAUACAUACAAGCGUGUGUGUGUGUGUGUGUGUAUGUUUCUAUACAAAAAAAAAAAAAGCGUGAGUAUAUAUAGUUUUGUUUGCAGAUGCUUCAGCACUGAAAUUAUUAUUCAGAAUGAAACACUUAUCUAAAACAGCAGACUAUUAUAUAAGUUAAUUCAAUAUAAAUAGUAUUUCUGGGUUUUCAUUAUAAACAGCUUAUAAGAGCUAUAGGUACUUCAUUUUGGCUCUGUGCAUUUGGGGAUUUCCUGGACCUCAGCAGUGUAAAUCACUUGUCUGAUACAAUUUAAACUGGUUCUAGCAGUUUUACAUCCUGGAAAAAUGUGUGUGAAUUUCACAUUGCCUUUUGUUAUUCUGUGUAGCAGCAAAUGCAAUUUCUGGAGAGGUUCCAAUGUUGAUCACCCAAUUAAUAUUCACAUUUUGACUUAAAUGUUUCAGUCAGGCUGGUCAAACUUUGGAUUGGCAACACAAGUAUGUGGUAUUGUGCUGAUGUUUUGCCAUCACUACUGUUGCUAUCUGUGAAAGUAAGCAGAAGGGAGCUCUUGGACAAAUUCAAACAAAAAGGAAAAGGAUGCAAGUAAGGACAGAUUUUUUUUUUCAAAUGGCGACAUUAAUUCACACUUUAUCAGAUCAUAGUGAUGAUGUCAAUUACUGUGCCUUCUCGUCAUCGUGCUUGGCUACUUGUUCCUUGGACAAAACAAUUCGCGUUUAUUCUUUGAGCAACUUCGCCGAGCUGCCGUACUCGCCUUUGGAAGGUCACGCGUACGCCGUGCACUGCUGCUGCUUCUCGCCCUCGGGGCUGGUGCUGGCCUCGUGCUCCACGGACGGCACCGCGGCGCUGUGGGACACCCGCGACGGCCGCAGGCUGGCCGUGCUCCAGCAGCCCGGCGCCAGCCCCGUCAGGGUCUGCCGCUUCUCGCCGCGGGCCGCACACCUGCUGGCCGGGGCCGCGGAUGGCAGCGUGGUUCUCUGGAACGUGCAGGCCAGGACACUCUACCGAUCCGGGAAAGUUAAAGGUGGUUCUUUGAUGGCUUGUGCAUUUUCUCCCAAUGGAGACUUCUUUGUCACUGGAUCAUCUAGUGGUGAUUUAACCAUUUGGGAUGAUAAAAUGAGAUGCCUGUAUAAUGAAAAAGCACAUGAUCUUGGAGUUACCUGCUGUGAUAUUUCUUCACAUCCAGUAUCUGAUAGUGAAAAUGGAUUCAAAUACUUCCAGAUGGCUUCCUGUGGACAAGAUAAUCAUAUCAAACUCUGGCUUAUUUUGUUUGCAGAUUCCUUAGGUGUUCAGUUAAAAUAUAAAUGCACCCUGAAUGGGCACUCUGCCCCAGUUCUGGCUUGUGCAUUUUCAUGUGAUGGACAGAUGAUAGUCUCGGGGUCUGUGGACAAGUGCGUCAUAAUCUAUGAAACUAGUACUGGCAAUACCCUUCAUAUUUUGUCUCAGCAUACAAGAUAUGUUACAACUUGUGCUUUUGCACCACGUAGUCCUUUACUUGCCACAGGCUCAAUGGAUAAAACUGUGCACAUAUGGCAGCUUGACCUUAAGCAACCCUGUGCAGGAGGUACUGUAGAAAAUGAGUCAAAGGUGGCUAUUGAGGACUGGUCGGAGGAUGAUGUUUCAGCCUGGCUCUGUGCACAGGAUUUAGCAGACUUUGUUGGACUGUUCAAAAUGAAUAAUAUUGAUGGCAAGGAACUACUGAAUCUUACUAAAGAAAGUCUGGCUAAUGAAUUAAAAAUUGAGUCUCUAGGCCUGCGCAGUAAAGUUCUCCAGAAAAUUGAAGAACUGAGGAUGACAAUGACCUCGGUUUCUGUUCCUGAUGAGUUCCUAUGUCCUAUAACAAGAGAGCUUAUGAAAGAUCCUGUCAUUGCCACAGAUGGCUAUUCCUAUGAAAGGGAAGCAAUGGAAAACUGGAUCAGCAAUAGACGAUCUAGUCCCAUGACAAAUCUUCCUCUCCAGUCUCUUAUGCUCACACCAAACAGAACACUAAAAAUGGCCAUUAGUCGCUGGCUAGAGACUCAGCAGAAAUAGUUAAACCACUUAAUUUUGAAGUUGUUUGUUAAAAUUAAUUGAAAUUUUAUGCAGCUGGAGGAAUUAAUUGUAUCAGAAACAAAUGGAAAGCAAAACUUGUGUUUCUCUUCUAUCUGUGGCUGGUUCAACCUUCACUGGUGGAAACUCCCAGAACAACUUUUAAGUUCCUGGUAGUUCUGCUUUGUGGUAUUUCUGUUUAAGAAUCAAGUACUCAAACUCAGUUUUUCAAAUAAAAUUUUCUUAUAAUUUUUACUA